AUGGCCACGAACAAGCCCUCUGUGAAAGAGGCCCAGGCGCUGGCAAGCACCGAUUCGCGCAAAGCUGAAGGCAUCUACAAGGAUAUCAUCUCCAAGCCGCCGUCCAUCACAUCAGAAGCCUCCAUCAGGGAGUAUGAGACCGCCUUGAUCAGUCUGGGGGAGCUGUACCGGGACGAGAAAAAGCCACAAGAGCUCGUCGACCUCAUCACAACGAGCAGAAGUGUCUUGUCCAGCUUCGCAAAGGCGAAGACGGCAAAGCUAGUCCGCCAGCUCCUCGAUCUCUUCGAAACCAUCCCGAACACAACCGAUAUCCAGAUCGCCGUCACGAAGUCAUGUAUAGAAUGGGCCACAUCCGAGCGACGGAGUUUUCUGCGCCAGAACCUCGAGACCAGACUCGUCACCCUGUACAUGGCCAAGCAAUCCUACUACGAAGCUCUCACCCUGAUCAACGGUCUUCUGCGGGAGCUCAAGCGUCUUGACGACAAGCUCGUCCUGGUGGAGGUCCAGCUGCUGGAAUCUAGGGUAUACCACGCGCUGGGCAACAUCUCGAAGGCCCGGGCUGCUCUGACCAGCGCGCGGACGAGCGCCGCCUCGGUGUACACGCCGCCGCUGUUGCAGGCGAAUCUGGACAUGCAGUCGGGCAUGCUGCACACCAUGGACAAGGACUUCAACACGGCCUACUCGUACUUCAUCGAGGCUCUCGACGGCUACCACACGCAGGACGCGACGCCGCGGGCCACGGCGGCCCUGCAGUACAUGCUGCUGUGCAAGAUCAUGCUGAACCUGGUCGACGACGUCAACAACCUGAUGGCGUCGAAGCAGGCGCAGAAGUACGCGGGCCAGAACCUCGAGGCCAUGAAGGCCAUCGCGCGUGCGCACUCGAACCGCUCGCUCGAGGAGUACGAGCGCGCCCUCGCCGCCUACAAGUACGAGCUCGGCAGCGACGCCUUCAUCCGCAACCACCUGCGCCGCCUGUACGACGCCAUGCUCGAGCAGAACCUCAUCAAGGUCAUCGAGCCCUUCAGCCGCGUCGAGAUCGCCCACAUCGCCAAGAUGGUCGGCCUCGACGACCAGCAGGUCGAGCGAAAGCUCUCCCAGAUGAUCCUCGACAAGGUCAUCAUCGGUGUUUUGGACCAGGGCGCCGGCUGCCUCAUCAUCUACGACGAGACGCAGCGCGACCAGUCCUACGACGCCGCCCUGCAGACCAUCGACAAGCUGAGCAGCGUCGUCGACGUGCUCUACACGAACCAGGCCUCCAUGCUGGAGUAG